AUGGCCACCGCCCAAGCCUCCUCUACCCCAGCCUCUGCCACCGGCCCCGACGCCGCAGCAUCCUCAUCCGCACCACACUCUGCCGCCGGCGAAGCCGCCGCCUCGUCUGACGGCGCGGCCAACAGCGCAGCCUCGUCUGUCAAGGAUGGCGGUGCUGCCGCCCCGGCCUCCAAGGCCGCCUCGCCCUCCCCUGCACAGAUGGCCAUGCCCAUUCGCGACAAGGAGUCUUACAACAGACUCGAGAUCGACCGCUUCAUCACAAGGGACUGGCUCCACUCCGCCGCGUUGGACAACUCCCAGGACCUCAUGAAGAAGAUCUUCCACCACCAGCUAGCCAAGAGUAAGGAAUACAUGGCCGUGCGGAGGGACUACAAGCAAUGGUUCCCGACUACCAGGCUCUACGGAGAGGGCUACCAGGGCUACGGUAACGGCUUCACCGAGACUGGAGGCCCUUCGAGGAUCGUCUACCCCCAGAUGAAGCCACGCCCCGGGAGGAGGGCCACCCAGCCUGUAAAAUACAGCCGGAAGGACAUGAAGCUACAAGCAGAGCAACACGAAGAGCUUGUACCUGUGCGGCUCGACGUCGAUUGGGACAAGGUCAAGCUGCGCGACACCUUCACCUGGAACCUACACGAGCGCGUCGUCCCCAUCGAGGUCUUUGCCGCUCAUCUCAUCGAAGACAUGGGCCUUAAGGCCCCCCUCGCGCAGCCCGUCUACGAUCAGGUCCUCCAGCAAAUACAAGAACAGCUCAACGAUUUCUACCCCAUAGUCUUCUCCGAAGAGGAUGCCCUCGACCCCGAGCUGCCGUAUUCGGCCUACAAGAACGACGAGAUGAGGAUAUUGGUCAAGCUCAACAUCACCAUCGGCCAGCAUACGUUGGUAGAUCAGUUCGAGUGGGAGAUCAACAACCCCAACAACUCUCCCGAGGAGUUCGCGGCGAGCAUGUCACGCGACCUAGCAUUGUCCGGCGAGUUCACGACGGCGAUAGCGCACUGCAUCAGGGAACAAACGCAUCUUUUCACCCGUAGUCUGUACAGCAUCGGCCAUCCCUUCGACGGCCGCCCCAUCGAGGAUCCCGAUCUCGUCACCGCCUUCCUCCCUUCACCCCUACCUACCGUCUUCCGGCCCCAGCAGCAGGCUAAGGAGUACGCGCCAUACCUAUACGAGCUCAGCGAUGCGGACCUGGAGAGGAACGAGGUCAUAUUCUCCCGAGAACAGAGGCGCCAGAAGCGGUCGGUCAAUCGGCGCGGCGGCCCACAACUGCCCGAUCUCAAGGAGCGGCAACGCACUAUCAGGACGCUUGUCGUAUCCUCGGUGCUGCCCGGCGCCGCCCUGGACGAGGACGAGAGCAGGCUAUACAAGCGCGCCGCCGGCACCGCCGGCCCAGGCAGGAAACGCGCCGCGCGCGACGGCGACCUCUCGGAGUCGGAAGAUAGCGACGACUCGACGCCCGACUCGCCAGCCAUGUCGCAGCUCCAGGGUACCGCACGCACGAGGGGUAUGCGCGGCGCCGCAUCGGCCGCCCAGCAGCGCAUGGCCAACCUCGGCCGCUCCGAGACGCCCGAGGCGGGCACCAUACACCACCACGAGACGCGGACGAACCGACGGGUCACGCGCGACCUGCGCGACUCGACCGAGGAGCCAGACAAGCUUAUUGUCGUGCUGCGGCUGCCCAAGGAGAAGCUUAAGAAGAUCACGAGCCAGGUCAGGUCAAAGCACUCGACGCCCUCGGGCAUGCCCACGCCCGUCGUCCAGCACCAGCGCGCCCCGAGUGCGGCGGCUACCGGCUCCAUGGGCCCUCCCUCCACACCCUCCGCCCUGAACCAGGGUUUGCCUUCCAAGUCCUCAACCCCGUCCUCCGUCCCCGCGGCGAGCCAGCUUGGCCGCGUCCCUGCUCCUCCACCCGCGCCACCAGGCCAAAGUGCACCUCCACCGCCCCCACCUCCGCAAUGGCUCACCGACGCCCUGGCCGCCCUCUCGCAGGCCUGGCCCAACGACUCGUUCGAGCCGGUCAUGCGCUACUGCGCCAUCAACGCCAAGACGGACCAGCCUCUGCCCGCGCCGGCCCCGGGCGCCCCGAUCCCCGAGGAUAUGACCUUUGUCUACCUGCCGCGCAUCCGCUGCCUCGACUGCCCGGGCAAGCUGUACACGCCCGGCCCGGAGAUGGGCGUCGGUAACUUCGAGGUCCAUCUCAAGAACAGGCAGCACCGCGAGAAGGCCCACAAGGACGGAUGCGGCGGGAGUCGGGAGGAGGGCGAGAAUGGGGAGGAGCGCCACUGCAAGCUUGUCGUUGUGCUGCGGCUGCCGAAGGAGAAGCUCAGGGCGAUUACGAGCCAGGUUAGGUCCAAGCACAUCCACGGGGAUGUAUACGGCGGGGAGGAGGACGAUACGGACGACGAGACCACUGAGGAUGACGACGAGAGCGAGGACGACGGGUCAGAUGGGGACUACGUGGAAGACGAGGGCUACGCGGGCGAUGAGGACUCCAUGCACAUAGACGAUGACGGCUUCAUAGACGACGAGGGCUUUGCGGACGAGGAGGACGAGGAGAAAGUUGUGUUUGUGAAGGAGCUUGUGGCGGUGGAGGACGAGGACGUCGAACACGACUGA